AUGUCUGAAAUUUCCACCAGUGCCCUUGACCAAUGGACCCAGUCGUUUGAGAACGACCCGAUUUCGAAGCUUGCCGGAUCCGUUCUCCAGCACGGCAACGUUGACGAGCUGUUGAUCAACAGAUCACGCGAGAUUGCCGAUUCCCAUGUGUUCAACACCAAGCUGGAGCAGGAAGGUGCUCCGGUGACUGCCCAGAAGGCUUCUGGACGGUGCUGGCUGUUUGCCUCUACCAACUUGCUGCGUUUGAAGCUGAUGAGCAAGUACAAUUUGAAGGAGGUUCAGUUAUCUCCAACUUAUUUGUUCUUCUACGAUAAGCUGGAGAAGGCCAAUUAUUUCUUGGACCAGAUUUGCCAGACGUACAAGGAGGACGUGAACUCGCAAUUGGUCCAGUUCUUCCUGACAGACCCGAUCUGUGACGGUGGUCAGUUUGCCAUGAUGACCAACAUCGUGGACAAGUACGGGCUUGUGCCGAACAGCUUGUAUCCGGAGUCGCACAGCUCGUCCAGCUCGCACGUCCUGAACAGAUUGUUGCUGACGAAGCUGCGUGAGUACGCGCAGGUUUUGCGUGAGAAGCUGGCGGCCGGCGAGUCUGUGGAGGAGGACAAAAAGAAGAUGGUGGCAGAGAUUUACAGACUGCAGUCCAUUUUCCUCGGACUUCCUCCUUCGCCAGAUGCCGAGUUCACCUGGGAGUUCUACGACAAGGACGGCAAGUUCCAGAGCGUGACUUCGACUCCUAAGAAGUUUGUGAAGGAGGUUGUUGAGUUCGACACUCCGGAGUACAUUUCUCUGUUGAACGACCCUAGAAACGAGUACAAUCGUGUGAUCAAGAUCGACAGACUUGGAAACGUUGUGGGCCGCGAGCCUGUUUCGUACUUGAACGUGGAGAUCGACAGACUGGCCGAUGCCGUCGUCACCCGGAUCAAGAACAACAAGGCCGUGUUUUUUGGUACCGACACGCCAAAGUUCAUGGACAGUAGCCGUGGAGUGAUGGACAUUGAUCUCUGGGACUACAAGUUGAUUGGAUACGACCACCGUGCUGUUGAUAAGGCUUCUCGUGUGAUCUACCACGAGUCGUUGAUGACCCACGCCAUGUUGAUCACGGCUGUUCAUCUGGACGAAAACGGAAAACCUGUUCGUUACAGAGUGGAGAACAGUUGGUCCAAGACCAAGGGUAAUGAAGGAUACUACGUGAUGACCCACGACUACUUCAAAGAGUACGUGUACCAGAUUGUUUGUGAGAAAAGCGAAGUUCAAGAUCUGGUUCAUUUACUAGACACGGAUCCAAUUGUUUUACCACCAUACGAUCCAAUGGGGGCUUUAGCUAAAAUGUGA